AUGUCCAUCAAGUCUAACAUCAAGUCCUUGAAUGUUCAACACCCAAAUCGAGCGAGAGAACGUGAAAACAGUGAGAACCUUAAUCCCCCACUGCCGCAGAGCCUCACCAUUCUCUUCAGCGACUGCAGCCCUACCUGGUGCCCCACUGACGACCUUCAACUUCGCCCACCUCCCGUUCCCGUCCAUAAUCACCGCGACGUGCUUCGGAAUCAGCUCCGCGGCCAGAUCAAUCGACAGCGGUCCUGGCAGCUCUCGGUCGAGCGACACGUGUCUGCGCCAUUCGUGGAGGAUUCAGAAAUGGGUGAGAGGUCUACGACUAGGAUUUAUGGAACGUUUGGGAAUGGACGGUGGGAUGUAGAAAGCGCGUGA